GAAAUGAACCAAUGAGAGCUUGAUCACAUGAUAAAUCAAACUGCUAGUAUUGUUGUUUGACGAAGACUGUUGCUAUUUUGAAUGUCGUUUGAUACAGUAUACAGUGUGUUUUUAAUAUGUAUAAGAUCUUUGUACCAUUCUAAACUAAUCUGAAAGUUUCACUAUAAUUUUUGCAACAAGACAAAAGUGGACUGUUUUUUAUAUUUAAAAACAUUAUUUUUGUCUUCUUGUGGUAGAAAAAUUAUAGAUUCAAUGGCAUUUCCACUUAACGAUCAAGUUUACAUAAAAGCCUUUACACCUAGAGAACAUCAAGUUGAAUUGUUUUAUACUGCCAAAGAGAAAAAUACAAUAAUUUGUCUAGGAAAAAAUUAUGAGCAAACCUUUAUUGUCAUAAAGUUAAUUCAAGAAUUUGCUACAACUAAUAGAAGGUUAUUAAGUGAAGGAGGAAAACGAUCAUUAUACAUACUGACAGAUGUAGAGAAGUAUAAAGUGAAAGCAAGUUACAUACAACUAUUGACGGAUUUAAAAGUAUUACUAUGCGAUACUUGCUCACCUACAGAAUUUUUAGAAAAAUAUGAAAUCUCUCAUGUGCUAGUUACAACUUCUAAAAUGUGUGCACAAUUAUUAACAGAAAAAAAGAUUUUACCACAUGAGAUAAAUCUAGUCAUUGUUGACGAGUGCCAUAGGACCAUAGAAGAUAACCAUCUAAUAUUGAUUUUGCAAAUGUUUUUAUCUUGUACUAAUGUUCCUAGAAUAAUUGGAUUAGCAGUACCAUUGUUUAACUUAACUCAAGAACCUGGAAGAUUAGGGCUAGAAAUAGAAAAAGUAGAAGCUACGUUUCAAUGCGAAGUUGAAACAGCUAGUGAUAUAUUAUCUAUAUUACGCUACAGUCCUAAGCCUAAAGAAUAUGUAGUGGAAUAUUUUGAAAGUGAAACAGGAGAGUUGCACAAUACUAUUAAAAAUUGUAUAUUACAUGUUAUUGAUUUUUUACGCGAUCACCGACAUGACCCAACGGAAAUAUAUAAUGAAGAAUUUUAUGAAGACAUUAAAAAAAUACCUGAUCCAACAGAAAAACCUAUUGAGAUGAUGCAAGAUUUUUUACAUGUAUUAGAAACACUUGGACCAUGGUGCGCUGAUCGUGCUGCACUUGCUCUUUUAAUUUUAACAGAAAAAUUGAAAAUAAAGACUCCUUAUGAAAGGCAUUAUUUAUUAUUAAACGUGGUAGCGUCUGUAUUUACAAAAAUACGAGCUAUGUGUGACAGUGCAUUUGAAACUUUGACUGAGAAAGAGAGAAUAUAUGAAUACACCACGCCAAAGGUUCAUAGAUUACUACAAGUUCUGAAAACUUAUACUCCCUACUAUAACAAAGAUGCAGAUGUUUACGAUAAAAUAAAUAAAGAGAAUAACUUAAAAAAUGUAUCAGUAAGUAACAAAGACAGCUCUUAUAAAGAUAAUAGUGGACAAAUUAGAAAGUCGGAAUGUAAUUGGAAGAGUAAUGAAGAAAACUAUAAGAGGCCACCUAAAUCCCAACGUCAUUUGCGCGGAGUUACGGAUCCAGAUUUACUAUGUGGAGUAAUUUUUGUGGAUAAAGCAUUUGUAGCAAAGAUAUUAUUCUAUUUAUUACGCGAAGUUUCUAUACAAGAUGAAAAUUUAUAUUUUUUGUCACCCCUUUAUACGAUCGAAAGGAAUCCAGACGAUAUUAGCUAUACGAAAGAUUUGGGUGUGGAAUAUAGGAAACAAGAAGAAGUUUUAAAACGAUUUAGAAUACAUGAAUGUAAUUUAAUGAUUUCGACUUCUAUUUUAGAAGAAGGUAUUGACAUUCCCAAAUGUAAUUUUGUGAUGAGAUACGACUUUCCGAAAACUUAUCAAUCGUACGUACAGUGCAAAAGUCGAGCAAAAGCUGUGGAUGCAUUGCAUGUAAUAUUAAUACCGAAAGCAAUUUCAAAAGAAUGUGUCUGGCAAUUAGCGCAAUAUCACUACAUAGAAAAGAUAUUAUUAAUGAAAUGUUCAAAUAAUGAGCCUACCGAAGAAGAAGAAAACGAGGCAGAUAUAUAUGCUACUUUGAUUCCACAAUAUAAACCACUUGAAGGAGAUGAUGUACCUGCAGUGACUUUCAAUUCUGCCAUAUCAUUGGUAAACAGAUAUUGUGCAAAAUUACCUAGUGAUACUUUUACAAGAUUAACACCAGAAUGGUCGGUUUCAAAAGAGAUUGUAGACGACACGCCUAUGUAUACAUGUUCGUUACGACUCCCCAUAAACUCGCCGAUUAAAUAUAUUAUAUCGUCCUAUCCUAUGCCCAAUAGGGCUAUGGCGAGGCGGAUGGCUGCAUUACAGUUAUGUAUAGACUUACACAGGAAGAAUGAAAUAGAUGAUAAUUUACUGCCUAUUGGGAAAGAAAAUUUUAAAGCUAAACCAGAAGAUGCGGAAGUACCUGCGCUUCCAGACGAAAGUAACGUGGAUUUCUCUGAAGCUCGGCCUGGAACAACUAAACGAAGACAAUAUUACUAUAAAAAGACAGCUGAAGCGUUAACAGACUGUAGACCGAAAGCUGGAGUUCCCUCCUACCUAUACCACAUCAAAAUGGUUUUGAGUUGUCCUUUACCCGAAGAACAAAAUACUAGGGGACGACGUAUUUAUCCUCCUGAAGAAUCAGCUAUUGGUUUUGGCAUUAUAACACUAAAAGAAAUUCCUAAGCUAUGCCCUUUUCCAAUCUAUACCAGAUCUGGAGAAGUUCAUGUAAAAUUGAAACUCAGCAAGAAACCUGUAGUUUUAAAUGACACGCAGAUCGAGAAAGUUUCUGCUUUCCUCAAUUAUACCUUUACAAAUGUGUUAAGAUUACAACAAUAUUUAAUGCUUUUUGAUCCUAAUACGUCUGAAAAUUCGUAUAUGAUUGUACCUGUAAGACUAGAGGAGGAAUUAAACGUUAGAGUAGAUUGGGAUUUCUUGGAGUGUAUAUACAACAGUCGGAAUUCUGUCCCAGCGAAGAUUCCGGAAGAGGUUCGUAAAGACUUCAAGUUCGAUGCAUCGCAAUAUCAUGAUGCAGUGAUUAUGCCUUGGUAUAGAAGUCAGGAUCAACCUCAGUAUUUCUACGUUGCUGAAAUCUGUGUAAAUUUAAACCCCAAGUCAACUUUUCCUGGAGAAGGUUAUAGUACAUUCGAAGAAUAUUAUCUGAAAAAGUACGAUAUCAAUAUACAAAAUGUAGUUCAACCAUUAUUGGAUGUGGAUCAUACAUCGGCUAGAUUAAACUUCUUGACGCCUCGAUAUGUGAAUCGAAAAGGUGUUGCCUUACCUACCAGUAGCGAAGAGACGAAACGCGCGAAACGAGAAAAUUUAGAACAAAAGCAAAUCCUUGUUUCCGAAUUAUGUGCAAUUCAUCCUUUCCCGGCGUCGUUGUGGAGACAAGCAGUUUGCUUACCAUGCAUAUUGUACAGGAUCAAUGCCUUGCUACUUGCCGAUCAAAUAAGGUGUCAGGUUGCUGAUGCCAUAAAUUUAGGACGACAGGAUCUAGAGUCUGACUUUGAAUGGCCAGCAUUAGAUUUUGGCUGGAGUUUAGCAGAGGUGUUAAAGAAGUCGAAAGAAUAUGACAAAAACAAGGCGGCUAAAAAUGAUACGACACCGGCGAUCCCUGCGCAGAGCGAUAUCGUUGACAAAAUAUGUGAAGACAAGACUGAAACUUUGGCAGAUUCUUCGAAUGAGUCUAUCAAAGAAAAGUUGCCUGACGAAACCCCCGAUAAAGUAUCGGCGAAGGAAGCGAAUGAAGCAAAUGAAGCAAAUGAAGCAAAUGAAGCAAAUGUAGCAAAUGUAGCAAAUGUAGCAAAUGAAGCAAAUGAAGCAAAUGAAGCAAAUGAAAAUGUGACGGACACCGAGUCGCAAUUAUCAAGUAAAGAAAAUGAAUUUGAAAUUGGGACUUGGUCGAAUGACAUGGCGAUGGCUUCGAUAGAGUUUGGAGAUAACGACUUAGACCAGCCUGCGUUGACAAAUGAUUUUAAUUGGAGCGGCGUUCGAUACGGUUCUCCCGCAUGCGAGUCGGAUUUCGAUGGAUACGAAUCAGAUGAUAUAUACAGUGACGGAUUCGUUGAUUCUUCGGAUGAUAGCGAAGAUGACAAUAGAGGACUGCGAAUAUCUUAUAUGGGGGAAAAUAUUGCGGAAGCUGUCGAGGAUGAAAAUCAAAUAACUAAACAAGAAAUUAAUAAGAAGAUCUUGGAUCUAUUAGAAAUCGAGAAAAGGGGAGACGACAGUUUAUGGACAUACACAGACGAUAAUGAGGACACAUUGAUUGAAAAGUUCAAACAAUCUCAUUACGAAUUCACUAAAAUCAGAGAACAAGAAAUAAUAGAGAAUGAGUGUUUUAUAGCCAGCGAUAUGGAUAUUUUAAUAACAAGGAAAAGUACCGUCAAUGUGUCGUCCGAGGAAACUAGGUUGAAUUGUAAGCAUAAAAGUUACAUCGAAAAGGUCGUCGACAGAUUCAAAGCGGAAAUAUUAAAUAACGAUAUCGGUUUGCAACCGAUAAAGAAGAAUUUAAAUCAAGUAGACUUCACGCACAAUUUGGAUAGCAGUCUGUUUAGUUUUGACUUUCAACCGGAAUUAAAAGAUCACUCGGGCCCAAGUCCCAGUUUAAUACUGCAAGCUUUAACAAUGUCCAAUGCAAAUGACGGCAUCAACUUGGAACGUUUAGAAACUAUUGGAGACUCUUUUUUAAAAUAUGCUAUAACCACGUAUUUGUAUUGUACAUACGAUAAUAUUCACGAAGGCAAACUCAGUCACUUAAGAUCUAAACAGGUCAGUAAUUUAAAUUUAUACCGAUUAGGAAGGCAAAAGAUGUUAGGAGAAAGCAUGAUUGCAACGAAGUUUGAGCCGCACGACAACUGGUUACCUCCUUGUUACUACGUUCCAAAAGAACUCGAACAAGCAUUAAUCGAAUCUGGUAUUCCUUCUAGUCUUUGGAAUCAAGCUGACAUGCCAAGCUUACAAAAUCUAAAUCCCACUGACAUAACUCAACUCGUUAAAGAAACCGAGCAGAAAUUAGGCAUUAUGAAAAUUGAACUGAACCGUAAUGAUAAUGUACUUCCAAACAAUAGUGACGACAGUUUACGUUGCUUUAUACCUUACAAUUUAAUCACGCAACAUAGCAUUCCUGAUAAAAGUAUCGCAGAUUGCGUAGAGGCAUUAAUUGGGGCAUACCUAAUUGCAUGUGGCCCCAGAGGUGCACUGCUAUUUAUGGCUUGGCUAGGAAUUCACGUUUUACCUACAGAAGAAGUGAUUACUAUACAAGACAUGGAACCAAGCGAAAGAAUUCCCGGCAGUACACCGUAUACAAAAGGAAUUAAUGAAGAAGGACAGACAACAUGGACGCAGAUCCGUUAUGGAACGUUGGAAGAACCACAGAACCCGUUACUUCGACACAUUCCUGAUCCGGAACAAGAAUUAAAAUUGUUGCUCGAUGGCUAUGAUGAGCUAGAGAAGAGUAUAGGCUAUAACUUUCGUGAUAGUAGUUAUCUUUUACAAGCAUUUACUCAUGCAUCAUACCAACCCAAUAGACUAACGGACUGUUAUCAACGUUUAGAAUUUCUUGGAGAUGCUGUUUUAGAUUACUUAAUAACAAGACACUUGUACGAAGACACUCGGCAACAUUCACCAGGUGCUUUAACAGAUUUGCGAUCAGCUUUAGUUAAUAAUACCAUAUUUGCUUCUCUGGCAGUUCGAUGUGGAUUUCAUAAAUAUUUUCGUCAUCUUUCUCCUGGUUUAAGUGCCGUUAUCAAUCGUUUUGUGAGAAUUCAGGAAGAAAAUGGACAUUCCAUUAGCGAAGAGUAUUAUUUGAUUGGAGAAGACGAAUGCGAAGAAGCUGAGGAUGUAGAAGUACCAAAAGCCUUAGGUGAUGUCUUUGAAUCAUUAGCUGGUGCAAUUUAUUUAGAUAGUGGUAUGUCCUUAGACGCGGUAUGGGGCGUUUAUUAUGCCAUCAUGAAAAAUGAAAUUGAACAAUUUAGUACCAAUGUUCCUAAAUCGCCAAUUCGUGAAUUACUGGAAUUAGAGCCUGAAACGGCAAAGUUUGGAACACCUGAAAAACUGGCUGAUGGACGAAGAGUUCGAGUUACAGUAGAUGUUUUCGGCAAAGGUUCUUUCAAAGGGAUCGGUAGAAAUUAUAGAAUUGCAAAAUGUACUGCAGCAAAAUGUGCUCUGAGAAAACUGAAAAAAAUGCAGAACUAUCCGCGAGAGAAGCUAUGAUAAUGUGUACAUCCUUCAAAUAAAAUAAGAAUGCAAAGAAAUAUCAUGAAUUUCUUCUCACAUUUGAUACUCGCUGCACCUUUCUUUCAUGUACACGGUUCACAAAUCGUUCAUUCAAUAAACAAGCCCAAUGUAAUUUAA